AUGGAUGUAGGAGAAAAGAUCUUAAAUGGCUGCCAUUCAAACAUGACUAAAAGAGAAAGAGAGGCUCUUAAAGAUCUGGCUAAAAACCCAGACCUAGUCAUUAAAAAAGCAGAUAAAGAUGGAGCUCUAGUGGUUCUAAAGAAAGAAAGUUACAUAACAAUGGGUGAAGCACAUUUAUCAGAUACUGAAACAUACAUCCCUCUAGAGAACCCAGAGGAAGCCCUACAGGCAGUAAAAAGAGAAAGCAAGAUCCUAGUAAACCGCUUUUACACCUUAGAUACCUCAGGAAAAAAUGGAGGAAACAGAAGAAGUUUCCUGGCAGGUCAAAGAGAUGCAUUACUAGAACAUGAACCCAUAAUCCCCCACUGGUAUAUACUACCAAAAACCCAUAAGAAAAAAGACCCAGAGACAGGCCUAUGGCCAGGUAGACCAGUGUUAAGUGGAUGUAAUGCACCUACAAGGCCCGUAGAUAGAUUGCUAACAACCUAUCUCACCCCCUUGCUAGACCUCCUACCUGAGAGAUUGCAAGAUACCACAGCUUUUCUAAAGAAAAUAACCACACUACCAAGGUUUCCUACAGACUCUAUUAUCUUCUCAUUUGAUAUAGUGUCACUGUACCCCUCCAUCCCACAGGAGGAAGCAUCUUGGAUUGUGGCAAAUUUCUAUGAAAAGAACUUUGCAUAUGUCAAGGAAAGAUUAAAAGCAGAACAUAAUAUGAUAGCCCCACCCCCGUACUUAAUAAAAGAAGGAAUAGAUCAUGUCUUGCAAGGCACACUAUUAAGGUUCAACAACCACUUCUAUAACCAAGGCAAAGGAACAGCUAUUGGAGCCUCAGUCUCAGUAGCCAUAGCUGAAAUCUUUGUACAUGCUAGUAUAGAAGGAAAAAGACAAAAACUGGAAAAACAGCCAGCAGUUUUCUAUAGAUACAUUGAUGAUAUCUUUGGAAUCUUCACUGGCACAGAGGCAGAACUCUUGGAAUACCACCAAGAGCUCAAUAGGAUACACCCAGAUUUGAAAUUCACAGUGGAAUAUAGUAAAAAGGAGUUGCCCUUCCUUGAUACUAUGGUAUACAUGGAUGCAGAAGGAAAAGUGCAAACCUCGGUGUACCACAAACCUUCAAACACACACCAAUAUCUGCACUUCCAAUCAUGCCAUCCCCCAAGCCUCAAAAGAUCCUUACCAUUUUCUCAAGCACUGAGAAUCAAAAGGAUAGUAAGUGAGCCACAUAAACUAGAAAAAGCAUUAAAAGACAUGGUAACCUUCUUCAAAAAUAGAGGAUAUUUUUUCUUUGAUGGAUCCAGGCAGUUGAGACAGGAUACUCCAAGUAAGGAACCUAACCCAACCAUCCUGACCAUUAGUAGCCCUUCAAAGGGUUCCUGCCAGGAUCCAUCUUUACGAAUUUCUUAUCUCAAGGAAGAGGAGAUGAGACUUCUACUUUGCAUUUUUUGUUGCAUAGUCACCACACACCGGCGAGAGGAAGCUUCAAGGAGGCAGGCAAGAGACAUAGGAAGUGGGAGCCCUUCCCCAGCACCUGAUGAAGCCUCUGGCUGA